CUUAAACUCAAAGUCUUAAACUUUCGUGUCAUGUCCUGUUGGACGAAAAAGCUACUCAUCUCCGUUCUUCUCUCUGAGUCUUCCCUGUCUGCCACAGAUCUUGAGCCGAAGUCAAUAACAAAAGAAGACUCCUAAAAUCCUACAGAAAUGGCUAAUCUUUUUUCGUUCAUUGCUAGAUCUUUCUUCAACCUAAGCUCUUUCAGCUUCUUGCUUCUGUUUUUGCUCUCUUUCUCGAGUUUCACUGCAACAGAAGCCUAUGAUCCUUUGGACCCUAAUGGAAAUAUCACAAUCAAAUGGGAUAUCAUGAGUUGGACUGCUGAUGGCUAUGUUGCAGUUGUCACAAUCUUUAACUUCCAGCAGUACCGUCACAUCCAAGCACCAGGGUGGACAUUAGGUUGGAAAUGGUCUAAGAAGGAGGUGAUUUGGAGUAUGAUGGGAGGACAAACAACUGAACAAGGGGAUUGUUCAAGAUUCAAAGGGAACAUUCCACAUUGUUGUAAGAAGGACCCAACAGUCGUGGAUUUAUUGCCAGGAACACCUUAUAAUCAGCAGAUUGCGAAUUGCUGUAAAGGGGGAGUGCUAAACUCAUGGGUACAAGAUCCAGCUACGGCAGGAAGCUCAUUCCAGGUGAGUGUGGGGCAAGCUGGAACUACAAACAAGACGGUUAGAGUUCCAAAAAACUUCACUUUGAAGGCACCAGGGCCCGGUUAUACUUGUGGUCCAGCAAAAAUUGUGAAACCCAGUAGAUUUGUUACUGCGGACAAAAGAAGAGUCACACAAGCUUUGAUGACUUGGAAUGUUACUUGCACGUAUUCACAAUUUCUAGCUCAGAAAACACCUACUUGUUGCGUCUCUCUCUCAUCAUUCUAUAAUGAAACCAUAGUACCUUGCCCGCAAUGUGCUUGUGGCUGCCAAAAUACUUCUCAGCCAGGGAGCUGUGUAGACCCCAAAGCUCCGCAUAUAGCAUCGGUUGUUCCAAGUACAGGGAAGAAUAACUAUGCACCUUUGGUCCAAUGUACAAGUCAUAUGUGUCCGGUCCGAGUUCAUUGGCAUGUUAAGCAAAACUACAAGGAGUAUUGGCGGGUUAAGGUCACAAUUACUAAUUUCAAUUAUAAUAUGAACUAUACACAGUGGAACUUAGUUGUGCAACAUCCCAACUUCGACAAUCUCACCCAGAUUUUCAGCUUUAACUACAAGUCUUUAACUCCAUAUACUGCAAUAAAUGAUACUGCCAUGUUAUGGGGUGUUAAAUUUUACAAUGAUUUGCUUUCCCAAGCUGGUCAGCUCGGUAAUGUGCAGUCAGAGCUACUUUUCCGAAAGGACAAAGCAACUUUCACUUUUGAGAAGGGUUGGGCUUUCCCUCGAAGAAUCUACUUCAAUGGAGAUAAUUGUGUUAUGCCACCACCCGACACCUAUCCUUGGUUGCCUAACGGCAGUUCCCAUCAGCUUAUCUCCACACUUAGUCUGUUGACAACUCUCUUGGCAGCAAUGGCAUUUUUAUUGGGAUAUGCUUAAAGUUCAACCAUUUUUAUACUGGGAAAUCUGGUAUGCUCCAAAAUUUUGACUGAAUCAGUUCGACUGUAGAAUGUACGGUGUGAGAAGUUGCAGUUUGUGUCAGUUAGAGGGAGUCAAUGUGCAGUGGUGUCGUUUUAAUGUAUGGUCAGUGAAUUCACUCGUGCUGUUGUAUGUAUGCAUGUCCGUUUAUGUACUUAAACCAAUAACAAUGUUGAUUGUAGAAUUCCCACGAUAUUUUAUUACAGUAGUAACAGACAUAAAUCAUUGACAGAGAAA